AUGUCUUGUAAUUGGUUAUUAGUUGAAGACGCCAAUUUAUAUAAAAACCUAGCAAAAGGGCAAUAUUGCGCUUCCUAUACAUUCAAAAUUCGAAAUGGUGUAAUAAUUCUAGAACCGUGUAAAAGAUGUGAUCGAGAGACUAAAUCGAGCGUCCAGCUUUGUGUCCCAUGCAGACAAG